AUGGCGCAAACGAAGCUGUUUGCCCCUCUUCACACAAGAGCCUCUCAGCGUCGGUUGUUGUUGUUGUCAUCACCGUCUUACGAUGGUGCUCUCAGCACAGCCGUGGCGGCAUUCUCGUCUGGACGAGAGGGUGCCACACCUGUUGAGAGAGGGUCUAGCACGUCGUACGGCGAUUGCAUUGAUCGCUACAUUCACGACCUCGAGGCACACUGCAGGGUCUCCGGCGAGGCUGUCGUGAAUGCGCAGAAGCGGUUUGAUAGCAUCCUAGCUGAGCGAGCGACGGCGCAGGCGGAGCACCGCCGCGAAUACAUGAAGACGUUUAUACCAUUGGUGUUUGUCAUUAUUCUAUUCAUGCGGGAGCAAACGAACCGGGGCUGUGCAGAAAAGACGCACCUUGUGCUGAAGGAGCACGCGGAGAAGUGCAGCUCCAUAAAGAGAGUUGCACUUUGA